AUGGGCCGCACGGAGAAAUCCCAGGGUCUAGCGCCACCCGCAAUUCGCAAAGAUAUCCGAGCCAAACAGGCGCGCCACAUCAUCAAUAAAGUGGUGCCUGCGCUUCUCGCAUCGAAUGCAAGAGCAAGACGGGGUGUAGAUAGCAGCGAGUUGAUCGCUGAUCCGGACCCCAAUGGAGCAUCAGGACGACAAGGCCCAAGCAGCGCACGUACAGAAAGCGAUGAGAAUGCCAUAUAUGUAAAGCGAAAAGGCCAAGGGCGACGAAAAGCCAAAGGCAAUGAGAUUCCUGACGAAGACAUUGUCACAACCGCAGGCGAAGGAGGAAAAAGAGACGGAAGCAAACCCUCAUCAAAAGGCAAAAACCGUAAACGCAAUGAUUCUCUCGACGAAGGCCUCUCGAGCCUCACCUUUCACCCAUCCACUCUCACAUCUUCCCCCCCAAAAUCCCGCACCAUCCGCAUAAUAGCCACCGACACCCUAACAGCCGCGCACCUUCUUUCCCACCCUGUCUCCAAACCCUCCACCAAGAAACCCCCAAACACAUGCAUCUUAAACAUGGCAUCCCCCCUCCGUCCCGGCGGCGGCGUCUACCUCGGUGCAACCUCGCAAGAAGAAUUCCUCUGCGCCCGCACCACGCUGCUCCCCUCGCUCAAAGAGCAAUACUACCGCCUCCCCGAAUACGGUGGCAUCUACACCCCCGACGUCCUCGUCUUCCGGAGCCCCGGCCCGCUGGGCGAUGGCCACGGCGAGCUGCCGCCCACGGAGCGCUGGUACGUCGAUGUUGUUUCAGCGGGUAUGCUGCGGUUUCCGGAGCUGGAGGGCGAGGAAGAUGAGGAGAAGAGGUUGGGGAGGAUGGAUCGAGAGGUUGUGGAGAGGAAGAUUAGAGGCGUGUUGAGGAUUGCGGAGCAAAAGGGGGUGAGCAGGUUGGUGCUUGGGGCGUGGGGGUGUGGCGCGUAUGGGAAUCCGGUGAGGGAUGUUGCGGAGGCGUUUCGGAAGGUGUUGGAUGGGGGUGUGGCGGGGAGUAAGAAGAAGAGUAGAGAUGGGGCAGGCGGUAUAGAGAAUUGGUCUGGGAUUGAAGAAGUGGUUUUUGCGAUUGCGAAUCGCAAGAUGGCGGUGGAUUUCGCGGGUGCAUUUGGCGGAGGGAUUGAAGUGGAGGAUGGGCCUGGGGCUGCGGACGAGGAUGAUGAGGAUGAAGAGGAAGACGCGGUGGCGGAAGAGCUGAGGAAGAAGAUUCAAGAGAUGGAGGGGCAGAUAAGUCAGGUUUGGAAUGCCGAUCUCAAGGCGAGGAUGACGGUUAUUCUUGACGGAUUGAAAGCACAGCUGAGGGAAAGAGAAGGCACCCCUGAGACGAGUAUGGCUGAUGAAGAAGAUGGCGAGGGGGAACAAGAUGAAGAUGAAAGCGAGGAGACUGAUGAAGAAUAG